AUCCGAGGCGAAGGAUCUUUGUGAACGGAUCUUCCAUCCAAGCAUGCGAAUGUUGCUUUGCAUUGACCUGCGAGCCCUUUCUUUCUCUUGGAUUGCAAUCUAUUUUCAGCUGUCACCAUGAACACCCCGUUGUCUUCUUCUUCGAUGGAUCCGUGGCAACAUCGCCAUUUCCAAAAAGAAAAACUCCGAGCGAGAGAACGGUAUUGGCACUGGCACAAGCCUGUUUGCGGGCAGAAACAGGACCGAUUGCUCAUCAUCCCGGAUGGUCCAACAUGGCGCAAAUACCUCGCUCUGUUUCUCCAUCUGGCCGAGCAGCAGCAGCAGCAGCAAAAUGUUGGUAGCCAACAGAAGCUGCAACUGGUCCUGCUGGAAUCUGCCGUGGAGUUGAUGGAUUGGAGAAAUCUCAAUCCCUGCGUCAAAGUGGACGAUGACGAUGGUUCCUUCAUUCGAGAAGCGACGGCCAUGCGAGAACGGACCAAAGUACUCCAAUUCAUGGAGCGACAAGAACAACAACAACAAUCAGCUUUAUUGGUCCGACCAUUUUGUGACUUGUCGGUGAGAGAAGAAUACGACGAAUGGGAUUUCCUGGGUUAUUCUACCAUGUCGGUGGUGGAACGCAGUCGUCACGCUUUGAUUCGAGCUGCACGAAUGCUACAAGAGGAAACCACACAGCCCGUCCUGUUGAUUGUCCAGGACAGUCACGACAGGAGUCAGCUGGAAGAGCAGACUGCAAAUGAUGACGACACUCAUGUCAAAAUUGUCGAUAUACAAGGAUUCUUGAAUCACAUACAUGGAGCAGGCAAUGUGGAGAUUUCAAGUGACGAAGAACAAAGCCUGCUAGAUUUGCGGAUUCGAUGCGAAGAAGAAUAUACCAGACGCAACAGGUCUGUCUCGUCAAUAGCUACCAGUGCUGGAGGGAACGAAGCCCUGCACGAGUACUUGCCAAAAGAAGAAUAUGAACAGGGCCUUCGAAACGGGACACUGGUGCAGGGAAGAUUGGAUGUCACCAAGCAAAACCCAAAGGAAGCUUUUGUGACUGUAGGCGACAACAACAAACAAUACUUUGUCAAUCAGAGAAAGGACCAUUUCAAUCGAACCUUGAAUGGGGACAUGGUCGUCCUCGAGCCACUGCCAGAAUCUGAAUGGGGAAGACCCGUAGGCAGAAGGCGUUUGGUAUUCAACGCGGACGGAAACGAAGAUGACAGUGACAGUAAUAAUGCAGAUGGAGGAGGCACACCCGUACCUUCUGCCAGAGUUGUGGCUAUUGCAAAGCCAUCUCCAAGAUCUCAAUAUAUUGCGACAAUGGUGGACAAGCCACUCCAAGAUGAAGGACACAUCCUUCUAGUGCCGAUGGAUGUGAGGAUUCCAAAGAUACGAAUUGCCACCAAGGCGUGGCAAAAAUUCAGCAAUCAACGGUUGCUGGUGCAGGUGGAUGGAUGGGAAAUUGGCAGCAACUACCCUCAUGGACGGUGUCUGGAAGUGCUGGGGCCUAUUGGAGACUUGGAAGUGGAGAUCAAGUGCCUCCUCAUUGAAAAUGAAAUAUUGCUCGAGCCAUUCAGUGCUGCUGCUACCGCACGCCUGCCGCCGGCUGGACCGCAAUGGAAAGUCCCCCCCGAAGAAAUCCAAAAGAGGCGUGAUCUGCGAACCAGCAGACGAAUCUUCAGCGUGGAUCCUCCCGGAUGUCAAGAUAUUGAUGACACAAUGCACGCUCAAGUCCUACCCAACGGGGACGUUGAGGUCGGUGUUCAUAUUGCCGACGUCACCCACUUUGUUUCGCACAAUUCGCCGCUUGAUUUGGAAGCUCAGAAACGAGGAACCACAUUCUACCUUGUCGACAGAAGGUUUGACAUGUUGCCUUCACUGCUGAGCUCAGAUCUGUGCUCUCUGCACGGCGAAGUUGACAGACUGGCGGUGUCUGUGAUUUGGACGCUGUCCCCUGACAUGGAAAUUGUAAAAGAUGUAUGGUACGGCAGAACUGUCAUUCACAACUGUCAAGCCAUGACAUAUGAUCAAGCCCACAAUAUUCUACACGACAAACCCCCGGAUGAACCCGACAAACCUCUCCCGCCUCCCUUGACAGCUGGAUAUCCUGUUAGCAUGUCACAGGUGCCCCAGCUCAAAAAAGAUCUUACCAUACUUCGAGACCUUGGGAGAUUACUGAAAAGGCGACGAGAAGAAGUGGGGGGCGCUGUGGAUCUUUCUAGUGGCGAUCUGGGCGGGGAACUAAAAUUCACUCUGGAUAAGAAUGGAAACCCCGUGGCAGUGAAACCGAAAAAAGAGCUGGAGAUUCACAACACAAUUGCGGAGAUGAUGAUAUACGCCAACGGCUAUGUGGCGAGCAAGAUAUUUGAUUCUUUCCCAGAGUCGGCACUCUUGCGAGUUCAUAGAUCCGUCGAACAGUCACGAUUCGACAGUCUGAAGAGUGUACUGGAUGUUGGCGGUGUUUCCUUGGAAGGAAGCAGCAACAGGGCCCUGGCAAACACACUGAAGAAGGUGGAGAAAGCAGGAGCAGUCGUCAAUUCACUCAUCAAGUCGCUCGCCACAAGAGCCAUGUCUGAAGCUCAAUACAUCUGCACAGGACAGCAGAAAGAUGGAUUGAACCUUCUGCAUUAUGGGCUUGGGGUAGACAGAUACACGCAUUUUACCAGCCCUAUCCGACGGUAUGCAGAUGUAGUGGUCCACAAACAGCUCCUUGCCGCCCUCGAAGAACCAGCGCAAGUUGCAGGGGGCGUCAAGACGUUCGCAGCAGCUGCAGAGCGAAAAGUCAUGGAAUCCGUUCCAGAUUCCAAAGUCAUUUCCAUCAUGGCCGGAGAGGGGCUCGACGAUGGACCCGCCACGGAGGAUGACAAUGAUAAUGAUGAUGAUGUGGACGAUAUGUUGGAUUUCCUCAUUGACGGAGCUGCCGAACUUGCUUUGGGUGAAGGGGCGCUGGGUGACCUCGGCGAGGACGACGCAGAUGACCUGCUAGACUCUUUGGUCGAGGGAGCCGCGGAUCUAGUCCUGGGAGGCGAUGACAACGCAGAAACCACUCCAGAACCGGAUGGAAAAGUGAAGGUGCUAGAGGCCGAUAUCCCCACGGAUCAUGCUGACAACGAAAUUGAUGAACAGAGGGCAAACGAUGCCUCGGUGGAAACCUAUGGCGGCUCGGAAGUCGCCAGAAUUGCCGAUAGCUUGAACCGUCAGAACAGGAUGGCAAAGCACUCGUCGAUGGAGUGUCAGAACUUGUUCCUGUCGCUGUAUUUCCGCGAGCACGAGGAAACAGAGCAGGCAGUGGUGACUUCCAUCCGAGAGAAUGGCUUCUUCGUAUAUGUGCCAAAGUUUGACAUCUCAGGCCCUGUGUAUAUUAGGGACGUCAGUGGCGACGUUCAAAUUGAUCCUUCUUUUGUCGGGCUAUCUUCCGCUGCCGGACAAGAACCGACCAUGGGCUUUGCUUCGUCGAACAGCACCUGUCGAAGAUUCCCAUCUGGGACAUGCACAUUGGUUGAGCCAGCCGAUGGAAGCCCCGGGGAGGCUCGUUUGGAAGUUUCCGUGCCACAGGGCAAAUGCAAAUUUGUGGUGAAAACCGUGGAUGUGGUGUCAAUCAACCUCCGAAGCGACGACUGGGAUGUGCGGAGCCGCGUCCCUCCUCCUCGUUUCCUGCUUGUGAGCAAAGGAUCCAGACCGCCGCCUGGGUUUGGACAGACCCCAACUGCGGCGACAAAGAUAACUUCUCAGGUUCUCCAAGAAGGCAAGCAAGAAGUGAACGUUGCUGGGCUAAAGAAAACAAUUUCGAAGAAGAAAGUCUUUCCGUCUAUGUUUGAUGCAUUGCGGGAUCUUCACAUACCACCCGUCCUCGAGAAUGUUCCACUUCGUAGCACCACAGAACGUUCAGCCAAAAAGGAAAAGGGCACGGACUCCUACCUUCAAGAAGAGUUCAAAGGUCGAAUGGUGUUUCGAGGGUUUGUCAACCCUGAUACUCGUUCCGCAAGCCAAGAAGCCGCCAUCACUGCAGCAUCCCAAGCUGCGGCACAACGCCGUGCCAAUGCAAUGGAGACUCAUGAUCGCCGCAAUGAGUAUGAUUCCGUCCGCAAUAUUGAACGCAAUGUCAUGGCUCGAACCCAACGUCUCGCCGCGGACAAACGAAACACUCGCAAAAGCAAGGGAAAGUGAACCAAAUAGGCUACUAGCUAGUAUGGCAUACUGUAGUAGGAUGGAGUAUCAUAGCAUCAUCGACACCCGAAACGGGACUUCUAUUUUAUCCAUAAGAAUAUCCUAGAUAGUCUAAAGGUUGGAGUGACGAGUCGAGGCCGGAA